AUGGCAAUCAACUCAAGGACUCAAACUGAAAGCCUCGUGUCUGUUCUCACGAUCAUAAUUUCCUUCGUUAUGUUGACCCAAACUGUGAAGUCAGUUUCUUUCACAUUCCCUAGUUUUGGGUCAUACACAAAUCAAAAUGACAUUACUUUCCAAGGAGACACCUCUCUUGUAAGAGGAGCUAUAGAGCUUACAGGUGCGGCACCUAAAAGCGCUGGUAGAGCCUCUUAUGCUGCACCUGUGCAACUUUGGGAUGCCAAAACUGGCAAGCUUGCAAGCUUCACCACUUCCUUCUCUUUUGUUGUUGCACCAAAUGGUCCUGGACUCUUUGGUGAUGGCAUCGCCUUCUUCAUUGCUCCAUUCAACUCUAACAUCCCCCAAAAUUCAAGUGGUGGAUUCCUUGGACUCUUCAGCGCUAACACUGCUUUAAAUGCAUACCAAAAUCAAUUAGUUGCUGUAGAAUUUGACUCCUUUCCUGGGAACCCAUGGGAUCCUUCCUAUUCACAUGUAGGCAUUGACGUUAAUUCCAUUGCUUCAGUGACAACAACCAAAUGGGAAGCUGGAAAUGACGAAAAUGGGUUUAUUGCCUUUGCUACUGUGAACUAUGAACCUAUAACAAAAAAUUUAAGUGUACUUGUGAGCUACCCUCAUAGCUAUGUCAACGGUACUUCAAGUAGCCUUUCAUUUGCAAUUGAUUUGAGGACUAUUCUACCUGAAUGGGUUCGAAUUGGUUUCUCUGGUGCUACGGGACAGUUGGUUGAAAUACACAAGAUUCAUUCUUGGACUUUCAGUUCUAAUUUAUCAGACCAUGUAACAAAUAAUAUAAAUAAUAUAAUUAUAAAU